AUGGCUGCACAAGCACAGCGCGUUGUUGGAUACUAUGGAAAGACUGCUGGAGAGUGUCCAGACUAUCCAGCCUUCGCUCCAGCCCAGUUACCUUAUGAUCUGUACACCCACCUCAACUUUGCAUUCGCAAUGAUCAACGCCGAUGGAGUAAUCGAAAUACAGCAUUCUGAGGAUGAAGUGCUUUACAAAGAAUUGAACGACCUCAAGAUCAAGAAGCCUACCCUUAAAACUGCUAUCACUGUGGGUGGUUGGGACAUGGAUAUGGCGCAUUACUCUAAAAUGGUUUCUACACCGGCCAAUCGUCAAAAGUUCAUUAAAUCAGCGUUUUCUUAUAUCCGCAAAUACGGCUUUGAUGGAAUCGACUUUGAUUGGGAGUAUCCAUCAGACAAGCUACGAGGAGGCCAUGACAAUGACCCAGAGAACUUUGUUGAUUUCGUACGCGAGUUCCGCGAAGCUGCCAAUGCGGAACAGCUGAAAGCAAACCAACAGCGGCUGAUCGUCAGUAUUGCAUUACCCGGAGGACCCUUCCAUGGCCAAUACUUCCUUAUCCCCAAACUUGCUCAAUAUGUUGACUGGUUCAACAUCAUGGCUUACAACCUUCAUGGGCAAUGGGAAGAUAUGGUUUUCUGUGCUGCGCCACUUUUUGACACUGCAAACAAUACCAAGUAUCAUGGCUAUUCUGUUGAUGAUGCUGUCAAGUCCAUGGCUCCAAAAUCCGUUAGUCCCAAAAAGUUCAACUUGGGACUUUCGUUAUCUGGCGUUACGUUUACAUUGAAGGACAAAACCAAGACCGCACCUGGAUCUCCAGCUAUUGGGCCAGGUAAGCAAGGUUGUCAAGAGAAAGGCGCCAUGGCAUACUUUGAAGCCAAGAAGUUGUCAAAUAAUUUCCAGACGGUCGAUGUAAAAGCCCGUGCUUCUGAUCAUUUUGAUCGGGAAGUGACUCAAGAGCCUCGUAUGGAUGACGUGGGCAAGUGCAUGUACAUGGUCGUGAACCAUGACCAGUGGGUGGGUUACGACACUCCAGAAACCUUCAAGCACAAAAUGAGCUACUUAGGGAAGAUCGGUUUUGGAGGUGUCAGUAUUUGGUCCAUGGACUCUGAUUCUGCCAACCACGAGCUGACUAGAUCUAUUCACCAGGGUUUGGUUGAGAAUCUUGGUCAAGGAGGAAAAUUAACUAACGUUGAUGUGAAUACGAACUCAACUAAUGGUAAAUCUCAGGAUAUUGCAAGUCAGAACAAGGACAAGAAUGAAGGCGCGAAGAAGACCAGCGCUGGAGCCCGCGGUGUCUCUACAAAGAAGGGUGCGAGACUUUUGGUCGAUAUGAUGGUUAUGAUUGCACUUGGCAUUGUUUUCUUUGCAUAA